AUGAGCUAUGGAAGUUUAAAAAACUGGAGAUUCUGGAUCUCUUUAAAUGAAUUCGACAACAGCAUCUUUCCUUUUCUUGGUGCUGCUAAAUCUCUUAAAACUCUGUAUCUUCAGAACAACAAGAUGGAUGGUCCUUUUCCUCUUAAAGAACUUCAAGACUUGACAAAAUUGGAACUGUUGGACCUUAGUAGAAACAAGUUUAAUGGCUCCAUAUCAGUACAAGUGUUACCUGCUUUGAGGAAGCUAAUAGCUCUGGAUCUAAGUAAUAAUGAGUUUUCUGGCUCAAUGGAAUUGCAAGGCAAGUUUACUUAUGACUUUCACGGAUUUGUGAGUUGUAGGGAUUUGCAAGAACUCGUUAUAAGUAACAACAAACUACUAGGUCAGUUUCCCUUAUGUAUAACUAGUUUGAGUAAACUUCGAGUUCUUGAUCUCUCAUCGAACCAAUUGAAUGGGGAGGUACCUUCUGAUCUCGGUAACAUCAUUGCCCUCGAGUACAUAUCGCUUUUGGAUAAUAACUUCCAAGGCUUUUUCUCACUUAGUUCCAUCGCCAACCUCUCAGAGCUUCGAGUUUUCAAACUUUCUUCAAAUUCUAACUCACUUCAACUAGUGUUGGAAAGUUCUUGGCAGCCAAAAUUUCAGUUAAGUGUUAUCGAACUACGUUUUUGCAACUUGGAGAAGGUUCCUCAUUUUCUCCUACACCAAAAUGAUCUGCGUCAUGUUGAUCUCUCUCACAAUAAAAUUCCAAGAAACUUCUCUUCAUGGCUGUUGGCUAACAAUACAAACCUCGAAGCUUUGCUUCUACGGAAUAACUCUCUUACAAUCUUUCAGCUGCCUGAAUCUGCUCAUAAACUGAUUUACCUUGAUGUGUCAGUUAAUAAAUUUAACCAUUCGGUUCCUAACAACAUUGGAUUGAUACUUCCUCAUCUACGGUAUAUGGAUCUAGCUAAUAAUGAUUUUCAAGGAAACCUACCAUCUUCUAUUGUUUCCACAGGAAGCUGCCAAGAUGAUGAGUUCUAUGGUUAUGAUUACGGAGUCACUCACCAUAAUGGUUAUUACAUCCCUAGUUUUUCUCAUGUACCGAACUUCUUCUCUACAGAAAACGUUGGCAUGUACUUCAAGUCUCUGCUUGUGGUGGAUAUGUUUAAUAUGGAUUAUCUUGCAAGAACCCAUGCUAAAAUUGAAUUUGCAACAAAACAUCGUUAUGAUGCCUACAUGGGUGGGAAUCUCAAGUUAUUGUUUGGAGUGGAUCUUUCAAGAAAUGAGCUGAUUGGUGAAAUCCCUAAAGAGCUUGGAGGUCUUGUGGAACUACAAGCUCUCAAUCUUUCGCACAAUAACUUAUCAGGUGUGAUAACAAAAAGCUUUUCACGUAUUAAAUAUGUGGAAAGCCUUGAUCUUUCAUUUAACAGACUACAAGGUCGGAUCCCACCACAACUCACAGAUCUGAGCCGCCUAGCUAUCUUCAAUCAAUUCAGGAUUAGGGAUUCCAGGUUUUUCAUUAACCAACCUAUCAAUGGUGUCUCUGCUAUUCUCGGGAACAAGAUUGGUCAAGGUAGUGUUGAUUUCGGCACAGCGGCGGUUGAGAAGAAUAAGAAGAUAAUCGAAGUGAAUCAGGCGACUGAACAAGCGGCUAAAUUUCCGCAAAGAGUAGGAAGGGCUUGGUUCUUCAUCGUUGAUGCUUUCAUCCGCAAGGUGAGGAACUUGUUG